AUGACAGAUUAAAACGAAAUAGAAUUGUAAACAGCACUCCCUAAUGAGAAAGAGGGUUUAAAAACAGAGGAAUAGUUGACUCCUUUAAUUUAGUUUGCAUAAAUCACGAUUAAAGUGUAAGACAUAGUGGAUAAGAUUCCACUAGGGAGAUUCCAUUACAGAUUCAUGUUCAUUGUAUUUCUACAUUACUUUUCAGCUGCUUACGUAACAUACAAUUUGGGCUAUAUUUUGAUGUAUCCAAAAUAUCAGUGCAUUUUUAAUGACUAGAAAUAUUUUUCAGAGUGUUAGAGAGAGCAAAUAUGCUCCAACCAAGAUGGUCUGAUUAAUGAAUGGAGAGUUGAUGAUAAGAAUGAAUUAUCGCUUAAUAAUUGGGUGACACGACUUGACUUAAUGUGCGCUGAUUCGUUCUACAUAGGCCUAUAUGGAAGUCUAGAUUUCUUUGGAUAACUGUUUGCAAGUGUAUUUUUGACACCACUAGCUGAUAAAUAUGGAAAAAGAUGGUUCACAAUAAUUGGUUCUUCGUCCUAGAUAUUGACAUUCAUUAUUAUACUAGUAUUCUAGAACAGAGUACUUUACUACUUCUCAAUUCUAAUUCUAGGAAUAACAUUCAUUAAUAAGAAUUUCGUCACGUAUUCACAUUUAAUGGAUUUCAUUGGCUAGAAGGGGUCAUUCGUAACUGGAUGGCUGUUUUGUCUUGAUUCUUUUAACUUCAUAUUCUCACCUUUGAUACUUUACUUUAUCACAAAAAAUACAUAAGUUUUUGCUUGGAUAGGAUUAGUCAUCACUUGCACUGUUGUUGCUUCUCUUAAGUUUAUUUAUUUUCCAGAAUCACUUAAAUUUACAUUGAACCAAGGAAACUAUGAAAAAGCUAAGGCAGAUUCAAAGUAAAUAAUGUCUGAAAAUGGUGAUAGGCUAGUUGAUUAUUUAAACUUAGCUUAACUCAUUGAUAAAUAUGAAACCUAAUAGAAGAAAGAAUAAGAGAAAAAUAAGACAAAUGAGGAUUAGGUAGAUGAAAAGCCAAGCAUUAGGAAACUUAUCUUUACUACUAGAUAUACAAUAAGAAAUCUAUUGCUAAUGAUUAUUUGCUGGAUCUCAACCAGUACAUCAUUUUUCAUUUUCAACUUCUAUAUCAAGUACAUUCAAGCUAAUAUUUAUGUUAUCGGAGUUGCUAUGGGUUUCUCUUGCUUUGGUUAUCUAUACUCAGAUAUUGUAGUUCAAAGAUUAGGCUUUGCAAAAUGCUUGAGUAUAUCUUAUGCAAUUGCCUCAAUUUUAAUGGGUUUAAUUAUCUUUAUUGAUCCUAAUCAAAUCAGCGUGUACAUAUAUGCUCUUAUGUUUUUCAUGUUGAAGUCAUUCGUUUGUAUGAGCUACUCUGGGAUAUUUGUUUCUCAUGUAUAUCUUUUUGAUUCUAGAAUUUUAGCAACUAGCUAUGGUAUUUGUGGAUUAUUUUCAAGGAUUGCCAUGCUUUUCAUUCCAAUGAUAGUUGAAAUACCGAACAAAAAGAUUCCUCUCGUUAUACUGUUGAUAAUGAAUAUGUCUGCUUUUGGAGCUAGUUUUCUUCUUAAGAAAAUUGAUUAAUGA